AUGGCAGACUACAGCAAGCAGACGGUCGCGCAAUUGCGGCAGCUGUUGAAGGAUCGUAGUAUACCGAGUACCGGCCUGACACGAAAAGCGCAGAUUAUCGAGAAGUUGCAAGAGGCAGACGGUGCUGAAACUUCGAGUUCUGCUCAAACUUCCAAUGCGCACCACGCGAGUACCGAGAACGCAGACGCGCCGCCCGAUCCGGUGGAGCAGGUCAAGGAAGAAGUUGGCCAUGGCGACACUGCUGGCAGAGAGAAUGCUCCGGGACCCGCGCUCUCUGAGGCUGGAGAACCAGAGCAACCGAACCACGAAAACGAGUCGAAACCACCACCCGUACCUGCAGCGACUACCGAACCCCUCCCUGAGACAAUCUCGCACAUUGACAGCGACAUUCCUCCGCCAGACCAGAUCAAGGCAAUAGAGGAGCCUAUGGAAGACGCCACCAAUACGGACGAGCCCGGUUCGAUACAACCCGCGAGAGUCUUCAACGCGCCGCCCGCGGAUCCCAUUGGCCCAACCGUUACAGAGCCUACAGAUGCGGAAGUCGAGGACGUAAAACAGGUCCAGGUUGCAGGGGACGAGCUGCCAGAUGCUCCUGGGCCGGCUGCUGAGGCGUUGCGAAUGGUGCAGCCACCAUCUGGACUUGUCGAAGACUUGCAAGAUGCAACAGCGGACGAGAAGAUGGCUUUAAUCGCAUCAGACGAACAGCAAUCAGUAGAGAAGCCAGACACACUUGCGGUUCCAGGGUCGCCGAUGAUCGACACAUCGAGGCUGAACACAGAGGAAUUAGAUGCAGAUUCAAAGAAGAGAAAAAGAAGGAGUGGCACACCGGAGAUGGCAGCUGAAGACAUCAAGGCAAAGAAACAUAAGCCAGCUCAAGAACCGGCUCCUGAAAUCCACUUGCACGAAGAUGAAGACACAGUCAUGGAGCAAAGAAGACCGGAGGAAGAGGCCGACAGCCCAACAGACGUCAAGUCACACGAAACGAACGGAAAUCGCACCCCACCAGUCGAAGAGCAGCCACCAGCCGUGGAGGCAGAUACCAAGCGCGAGAAAAAGGAGAAGGCUGCUCGAUACAAAGACCUGGUGAAGUCCAGCGCAGACGACACUCCCCAGGAAGCCUUAACUGACGACAGGCCUACAGUACCCGCACUUCACCCUGUAACAUCUGCUUUGUACAUCCGCAACUUUAUGCGCCCUCUGCGUCCAGAGCCACUGCGAGCACACUUGAUUUCUCUUGCCUCGCCACCAUCUAGCUCACCAGACCCUACCAUAGUUGAGGACCUUUUCCUAGAUUCGCUGAAGACGCAUGCUCUCGUACUGCUUAGUACUAAGACCGCUGCAUCACGAGUACGAGCGUCGCUCCAUGGCUCCAUCUGGCCACCAGAGGGCAACAGGAAAGAGUUAUGGGUAGAUUUCGUUCCGGACGAGACGGUAAAAGACUGGAUCAGAGAGGAAGAGGACGCGUUGGCUGCAGAGAAAGAGGCCCGUGCAAAUAAACUGCCGACUAACCCGAAGCGAUUCGAGGUUGUGUAUUCCGAAUCGAGCAAUGGUUCAGUCACAGCCGUGUUUCAAGAAGUCGGAUCAAGCGCUCCUGCAAAUGCACCACGAGGCCCACGCGCAAGCAUUGACGUACGAAGGCCAUCCAUACAACAACCACUUACACCGUCACUUUCGACCGCUCCAUCAAAAGACACACGGCAAGAUACUGAAGCCUCGUUCAAAACACUCCACGACCUGUUCAGCGCUACAGAAGCGAAACCUCAACUUUUUUACUUGCCUGUUUCAGAUGAGAUCUCCGAACUGAGACUGAAGGAAUUGGAAGCCGAGACAAGUAGAGACUGGUCACCUGGCGAGACUAGGAAAGGACGGGGUAUCAAGGCUGAGAUGAAGUACAAAUACAGUUUCGAUGAAGAGGACAGAAUCGUCGAGGUUGGUGAAGAACGCGAUGAGGGCUAUAGAGGUGGUAGAGGUGGCGGUGGCUUCAGAGGGCGAGGGCGAGGUGGAUACAGAGGAAGAAGAGGAGACAUGUGGAGAGGAUGA